AUGACUGCUUCCUCAGGAAGUCCCAACGGAAUGAGUCAGUCCCAGUCGCGACAAGCAAAUCAGUGUCUCGCCACGAGCGGCAUGGCCGUGCAUGCAGCCAUGGGUGAUUCUUUGCAGAGAACUACAGGUGAUGAAGCAAGGAUGACAAGCAGUCGCGGGUUUUCGCCUUGCUUCUGGGCUGGAACGGUGGAACCACUCUUGUCACUUGUCUCCUGUCUCCGAUGUGGAUGUGGAAGCUCGUGGCUUGGAGACGAGGUGCGUGCCGCCACGGACUCUGAUUCUAUUACUAUCCUCUCCUCUCCUAAUUUGGUCAGCUCAGGAGUCUAG